UUUACAUUUACUACUUUACCAUUUCCCUCUAUAAAUUCAAGUCUUUCAAUUCGCAGUUGCUAUCCAUCUUCAAUCUAAUUUUAUAGCUUUGCUUCUUUUACUCACUUUUCUUCCAUCUAUGGCAACACCCACAAUCACUCAUGAAUCCUUUGCUUGCGAAUACGAUGUGUUCUUGAGCUUUAGAGGUGAAGAUACACGCAAAACUUUCACCGAUCAUCUUUAUUCUGCGCUAUAUCAAGCUGGAAUCCGCACAUUUAGAGACGAAGAGGAGCUCAGAAAGGGAGAAUAUCUUGUCCCUGGGCUCAAAAGAGCGAUCCAAAGUUCAACAAUCGCUAUGGUAGUCUUCUCUAAAGAUUACGCCUCGUCUAGGUGGUGCCUUGACGAACUAGUGGAAAUUGUUGAGUCCAAGGAGAAGGAAAAACAAAUAGUUUUUCCUAUUUUUUAUGACGUUGAGCCUUCUGAAGUGCGUAAGCAAAGUGGGAACUAUGGCAUGGCCUUUGCAAAGCACGAAAAAUGUUUUGGAAUAACUGAUAAAGUACACAAAUGGAGAGAUGCGCUCACGAAAGUAGCAAACAUGUCAGGAUGGGAUUUGCGAGGCAUCGCCAAUGGGUAUGAAUCCAAGUUCAUCCAUGCAAUAAUCAAGGAUGUACAGUUGAUACUACAACAUGUACCAAUAUUUGUUGCCACACACAUAGUUGGACUCGAUUCUCGUGUUGAGCAUGUAAUUCAGUUAUUGUGUGGAGAACCGAAUGAUGGUGUACGUAUAAUUGGGAUCUUUGGUAUGGGAGGUAUUGGGAAGACAACUCUUGCAAGAGCGGUCUAUAAUAGACUUUUUGGAUACUUCGAAAGUAGUUGCUUCCUUGAGAUAGAGUCAACAAUUUCAGGGCGACAAGAUAAUCUGAUAGAUAUUGAGAAAGUAAAUAAUCAGAUAAAAGUUGUACAAAAAGAGCUUCUUGAGAAACUUUUUAAUGAGGUGAUCAAAAUCACCAAUGUAGGUGAAGGAAUCAUGUUGUUGCAAAAGCGGCUUCAAGUAAAAAAGUGUCUCAUUGUCCUUGAUAAUUUAGAGCAUAUAAACCAAUUUAAUGCAUUAUGUGGAGAACGAAAUUGGUUUAAUAGAGGAAGUAGACUUAUUUUAACCACAAGAGAGACACAUGUGUUGAAAAGGUUGAAAGAGGAUGAACGUUAUGAAACCAAGGGAUUGAAUCGUGAAAAGUCUUUGCAACUUUUUUGCCUACAUGCAUUUGGGGAGCCAAUACCAAAAGAAGAUUAUACUAAGCUUGCAAAUGACAUAGUGGCUCAUUGUGUGGGACUUCCAUUAGCUCUUGAAGUUUUAGGGACUUAUCUGUUUGACAAAACGAGAGAGGAAUGGAUUAGUGCCUUUGAGAAAUUGAAGAAAAUUCCUCAUAAAGAUGUGCAAGCUAAACUAAAGAUUAGUUAUGAUGGGCUUCGAGAUGAUAGUACCAAAUCUGCUUUUCUUGAUCUUGUUUGUUUCACCGGCGGAUGUGACAAGGACACUAUUGAUAGUAUGGGCAAUUUCUCAAACAUUGAAAUUCGAGACUUAGUUGACAAAUGCCUGAUAAAACAAGGUUGGGGUUCCCGUAUUACUACCCGGAUUAGUAUGCAUGACUUAAUUCGAGCAAUGGGAAGAGAAAUUAUUCGUUUGGAGUCACCUAAUAAUCCAGGUGAACGUAGUCGCUUGUGGUGCCCUAAAGAUAUCCAUGAUGUGCUUAUUGGAAAAAAGGGUACAAAAAAAGUUGAGGUGAUUGUAUUUAAGGACUCUCCUAUGAAAAAUAUGAAGUACAAUACAAAAGCAUUCAAAAACAUGAAGAAUUUAAGAUAUCUUCAAAUCAAUGGAGAGAACAUUUAUCUCGAUGGAAAGUUCAAGCAUCUAUCCAAGGAACUUAGAUGUCUGCAAUGGAAUUGUUGUCCAUUGAAAUAUAUUAAUAUUCCAUCCAAUUGUUCUUUUAGGAAGCUUGUGAAAUUGGAAAUGAAGCAGAGCAACAUCAAAGAAUUUCGAGCCCCCUUAAAGUGUUUUUCAUGUUUGGAGUAUGUAAACCUCAGUUUUUCCAAAUAUCUGACAAAAACUCCGGACUUCAGUGGCGCUCAAAAUCUUCGUAUGCUAUCAUUUAGAGGAUGCGAAAAUUUGGUAAAAGUGCACUCUUCCAUCGGAGAGUUGGUGAGACUAAAAGAUUUAGAUUUUGGUUUUUGUUCAAAGCUAAGGAAACUUCCAAACAAUCUUUGCCACUUAUUGAGUCUUGAAUCAAUUGGUUUGGAUUUCUGCGAGAAACUACAAGUACUCCCAAAGCUUUCUCAUAGUGUUGAAAACUUGUUCUAUUUGUCUAAUUGUGUGAACUUAUACAUGGUUCAAGACUUCCCUCCCAUUCUCACUCAUAUUUGUUUAUAUAACUGCAAAAACCUUCAAAAGCUCCCACAACUCCCUCCCAAUCUUGAGAGAAUCAAUUUAAGCAGCUGUAAAAAGCUGAAAAUUCUCCCACAACUUCCUCAAAAACUUACAAGUCUUGAAGCUAGAAAUUGUGUUUCAUUAGAAAAAGUACCCAACUUAUCAAAGUGUACUGGGUUGUAUGAGUUGGAUUUCAGUGGUUGUAGAAAGUUGAAGGAGAUUCAAGGUUGGGAGAAUCUUCAUUCCUUAUUGAUAUUGAAGUUAGGAGGUACACCACAUAACAUUCUCUCAAACAACAUUAAGGAGAUUUUAAUAGGUCCCAAGUUGGAGUCUGAUUUUACAUGUACUCUUACAUGUAAUGAAGUUCCGAGUUGGAUUAGAUGCAAGGAAGAAGGAUCGUUGUUAUCUUUUCAAUGGCCAUUAAACAAUUCUUCAGAGAAUUAUACAAUGGGAUUUCUUGGAUUAUUUUUUUGGGUGGUAUUCAAAGCUCAACCACUCCCGCACCGUGAUGUUGUAGUCUCAAUUCAAAUUAAUGGUUUAGGAGUCAAAAUAUAUGGAUAUGAGAUCCAAUACGAAGUGGAAGAAAUUUCAUUUUUACAUUGGAGUCCAAGGGAUGAUGGGUUAGGUACACAUAUAAAAGUUGGAGAAGUCAUGAAAGUUAGUGUUGAUGAAACACAAGUUAAAGCGAGUAUGGUGAAGAAAAUAGGAGUGGUGGCAUUGUACAGAGACACAGAUGGGUUUGUACAGUUUGUGCCCAUCACUAAAGUUGGUUUAACCACCAAGAAGAGGAAAAGAAACCUUCGUGGUUGAACAUGAGACCCAAAAUAA